GUUCGAAUGGAACACUCGACGAGGAUUUUAGUGCUUGUGCAUAAUGCAAUCAAUUACACUUUCAGGCAGGAUGCAAUACUCACUACUUUAUAUGCUUGUACUUUCAUGCAAUACAGCAUUCUCCACAAUAAAUAUAACAAAACAUCCUAGUUGGUCGUUAUUGGAACAAAAUAAUUGCGGCAAUUCCAACAGCGAUCGCAUUAUUGGUGGCAAAAAUGCGAGCCUCGGCGCGUAUCCUUGGAUCGCGAGAAUAGGAUACAGCAAGCCGAAUACUAAUGGUUUAAGCUACAGAUGCGGCGGUACAAUAAUUAAUCGACAAUACGUAGUCACGGCUGCCCAUUGCGUAGUGAAUCUACCUGAAAAUUUCAAGGUCGGUGGAGUUCGUUUGGGCGAACACAACAUCCUUACUAAUCCCGAUUGUGAGCAAGGAUAUUGUGCGGAGCCAGUGCAAGAUUUCCUGCCCGAAUCGGUAAUUGUUCACGAGAAUUAUAACAAGCCGGAAUUCAAAAAUGACAUAGCCAUAAUACGAUUGAACAAACCGGUGAUUUAUAACGAUGAUCCGAAACCUAGCACGAUCCUGCAGACUGUCAAGCUACCGAUCGUCAAGAUGGAUGGAUGUAUAAUGGCUUUCAGGAGAUAUGCAGAAGUAUCAGAGGAUCAGCAGAUGUGCGUGGGUGGUGUUCCUGGUCACGAUUCCUGUAGUGGUGAUAGUGGUGGACCCUUAAUGCAAGUGAACAGCCUGAAUGGGCCUCCUAAAUACUACUUCAUCGGCAUCGUUUCUUUUGGCACAAAAUCUUGUGGUACUUUCAAAACACCCGCUAUCUACAGCAAGGUUGCGGCAUACAUUACAUGGAUCUUGAACACCAUGCAUCCAGAUCAGUGUACGGUAGACAGCCAGGUAGGAACAUGCAUAAACGCACGUGAUUGUACAUUAGUGUCCAACAUUCUGCAGCAAUCACGAGAGCAAGCCAUCGACUACCUGAGACGCAAUCAUUGCGGUUUCGAAGGCUCAAAUCCUUUGGUGUGCUGUGUUAACAGCGCGAGCAUCAGCACCCGUCCAAACGGCGUCGAGACGAAUCCUGGGAGUACAUCGGAUCCGAGUUGGAACUCGGAAUCAUCCCCUUCACCUAUCGAAAAUUUCCAGAUAGACCUGGCAAAUAAUCCAUUGCUGUCGAACAAUUGCGGUCGCGACCUAUCGCAGAGGAUUGUAGGUGGCGAACGUACUGACUUGGACGAGUUUCCUUGGAUGGCGCUGGUCGAAUAUCAAAAACCAAAUGGUAGAACGACAGCAUGCGGCGGUGUUUUAAUAAGUAAACGUUAUGUCCUUACUGCCGCUCAUUGUGUCAAGGGCAAGGACUUACCAGCCAACUGGCGCCUAUCCAGCGUUCGCUUGGGCGAAUACAACACCGACACCGAGAGGGAUUGCGUGCCGGAUGGUGAGAAUAGUGAGAUAUGUGCCGAUGAUCCAAUAACCGUAGGUGUAGAAGAACAAAUCGCUCAUGAAAAUUACCGGCCCACUUCGCGGGAUCAACGUUAUGAUAUUGCAUUACUACGUCUCAGUCAUGAUGUGCCAUUCACAAGGUACAUUCAGCCCAUCUGUCUGCCGUCCAAUUCGUCGCUCGGCGGCAAGCUCUUCGUGGCCGGUUGGGGCAAGACGGAAACCAGCUCGGCUUCGAAUAUUAAGUUGAAGUUGGCCUUGCCUUUGGCGGAGAAGAGCCUGUGCGAUCAAACCUACGUCAGCGCUGGAGUUCGGCUGGGACUAGGACAGAUCUGUGCAGGUGGUCAGAGAGGCAAAGACUCGUGUCGGGGUGAUUCAGGUGGUCCCCUGAUGGCUCUCGAAAGGAUCGCCGAUGGUACCGGCAAAUGGACUGCUGUAGGCGUUGUAUCUUUUGGACCAUCGCCUUGCGGCAUGCAGGGAUGGCCUGGCGUAUACACGAAAGUGUCAGAUUUCGUUCCCUGGAUUCUUAACAAUAUGAGGCGAUAAAUUAGACAUUACAUUAUUUACGAAGAAAGAUAUCUCUUGACUAUUGCUUGGAAAUGAUUUUUUAAAGAAGAAAUUGAUGAACAAAAUGCAAAAAAAAUUUUUAUUGUGAUAAAUAAAUUAUAUAUAUAUUAAUAAGAUAAAAUAUGAGAUUGUUAUUA